GGGGGCCGCGUCCCGAGCGCCCGCCCUCGCCGCUGCAGCCUCGGCCCGGCCGGCCAUGGAGGCCGAGCGCCCUCCGCCGCCCGCCCCGGGCUGCUGCCCCCCGUCCCGCGCCGCCGGCCGGGACCCCGCGGCCGCGCCCGUCUCGGUGCUCGCGCCGCCGCAGGGCGCUGCCGUGGGCGGCGGCUUCGCGGGCCCGGAGUUCGCGCCGCCGCGGGAGCCGGAGCCGCGGGCCGCCCACCUCGGGGCCCCGGGGGCGCGGGCGGGGGCGGCGGGGGGGCCCCGGACGCCGUCGGCGCACGUCCCGGUGCCCGCGCAGAGAGCCCCCCCAGGGAAGUCCCGGCUGGAUGAGGUCAUGGCUGCGGCCGCCCUCACGAGUCUGUCAACCAGUCCCCUCCUGCUGGGGGCCCCAGCCCCAGCCGCAGCCCGCAGCCCAGAGCCUGGCCUGGAGCCCUGGAAGGAAACCCUGGCGCGGCCACUGGGCAGCUGCAGCAGCAGCAGCAGCGGAGACUGGGGCUGGGACCUGGCCAGUGACCAGUCCUCUCCAUCCACCCCGUCACCCCCACUGCCCUCCGAGGCAGCCCAUUUCCUGUUUGGGGAACCUGCCCCAAGGAAGAGGAAGAGCUCAGUGCAGGUCCUGUUCCAGUGUCUAUGGAAGCGGUGUGGGAAGGUGUUGAGCACGGCCUCCGGGAUGCAGAGACACAUCCGCCUGGUGCACCUGGGCAGGCGGCAGGCAGAGCCGGAGCAGAGCGACGGUGAGGAGGACUUCUACUACACAGAGCUGGACGUUGGCGUGGACGUGCUGGCAGACGGGCUGUCCGGCCUGUCCCCCGUGUGCCCCACGGCCCCCGCGCCGCCCGCCUUCCCCCGCCUGGAGCUGCCCGAGCCACCCAGCCUGUCCAGCCUGCUGCGCCCGCUGGCCCUGCCCCGGGUCCCGCUGCUGAGCUCGGCGGCACCCCGAGAGGGCUGCCUGGCCCCCCUCCGCCUGGAGCCGCAGCCCGCCGCCCUCAGGACCUGCGUGCCGACCCUGCCCUCCAAGCUUGGCGCCAGCCCGAGGAAGCCCCGAGGUGAUGCCAAGAAGUGCCGCAAGGUGUACGGCAUGGAGCACCGGGACCUGUGGUGUACGGCCUGCCGCUGGAAAAAGGCGUGCCAGCGCUUCCUGGACUGAGCGCCGCCCCGGCCGCCGGCCGCCAGGACUGGGAGGCAUAAGCUACCCCCCCCCCCGGGCCUCCCCCGCGGCAGGGUCUCCCGAAGCCGCUGGCCCCCCCAGAGGGCGGGGGCGUCCCACCACUCAAAGUGCCUCUGAAGAAACCAGCCUUUUGCACUAAAGCCAAACCUCAGGGCUGUCCCCUUGGCCCGAGGCCCCCAGGGUGGCCCUGUCAGGGUGCGGACGGGAUGGGCCGCACGGGGCCAGUGUGUGAUGCACUUUGAGGGGCGUCAGGGAGGGGCCUCCCCUGCCCGCACUUAACCUGCCGGUUCCAGGGCUCCAGGGGCUGACGUUUGUAUCGCGAAGCUCAGGUGUCUCGGGUCUGGGCCGCGCCAGGCAAGGAGAAAAAUUAAAGAUGUGGGGUUUUUCCAGAA